AGCCUCGUAGCUAAGCAACUAGUAAACAUCCACAUGCAGGCAGCUGCCGACACAUCAAUAAUGUCGUCGAAUUACUCAGCGAACCAGUAUGAGAGUUCUUACAAGUCGCAGAGACUGCAGAACUGGUGCGUCUCUAAACCAUGCAGACAGAGACCCACUGCUCUAGAAGGUCACACCACUUUCAUUGCUGAUGACCGAGGACAUCUGAUGCCAGGAGUUUCCAAGAGAGGAAGCUCCUGGCCGGCCUUCAAGGGGACCUGGGACCUCCCAGUUCGACUCCCCCCUCAGGGCCUCAACCCAACCAGCCGCUCUGUGGAGGGCUGGAACCGACUUCAGGCGCUUCACGGUGGUCCAAAACGCACCCGCACAACUCAGCCUCAAGAGGGCAGCAAAGACACGCCUCAUCAGGCAGAACACGAUGCACCGCAGGACUGCUCCACCACCAACCCCACCCCCCCACCUCCAGCCCAGUCCCAGGAACCCCCCGGCUGCUCUGGGGUGGAGGGGCCACCCAGCAAGGAGGGCCGACAACCCCUGCAUGUUUAGCAAGCAGUGUGUGAUCUUGGGUUUCUACGUCCAGGUGUUUGGUCCUGUACUCUGGCGUGCACACUCAUGCUGGCUUUCAUUGGUAGUUUGUACUUGGGUUGUAGCAUCCUUCUCUCUGUAUAAUAAAGAGCAUCUAUAAAGUCGCCA